CACUUGACAUUUCAUAAUUUCUCCUCGUUUGCUCGACAAAGCGGAGAGAAAAAUACAAAAAUCCUUGCCAUUCUCCCGUGCACGGUCAGUGUUUUCCUCAAGUUCAACGCUUCGAAACCACCCAAGUCCGUCUACCGAUACUUAAUUUUACAGUUUACGCUUAUUUACCGCACAACCGGUUGCGACAAAAUGUGAUACCAUCCGGACAACAAAAAGUGAAAUCUCCCAUAAUAGUUAUUAUUACAUAAAAGUUUCCUGCUUUCCCCACAAAUAAAUGCCAUGCCUGGGCAAUUUAUUAAAGUCAAAGAGACUACCAGAGGUGUAGUAUCCAGGGAGGCUUUCGCAGACUCUGUAAAAAAACAGGACUUCUCGAAAUGUGACUCGGAUUCAAACUAUUCGAACUCCAUGGGGGACAUUUGCAGGAUAUGCCAUUGUGAGGCAGAUGCAGAAAACCCACUGUUGUCUCCUUGUUAUUGUUCAGGCAGUUUAAAGUAUGUUCAUCAGAAUUGUUUAAGGCAGUGGCUGGCAGCAUCCGAUACCAGGUCAUGUGAAUUAUGUAAAUUUAAUUUUAUUUUACAUACGAAGAUUAAACCUUUAUCUGAGUGGAGAAUAUUGGAAAUGAGCAGCGUGGAGAGGCGAAGACUUCUAUGCGCCAUAUUAUUUCAUUUUGUGGCCGCAGUGUGUGUUGUAUGGUCCUUAUUUGUAUUGAUUGAUAGGGCUGCUGAGGAGGUCCAAAAAGGACUCAUUGAUCCUAAAGGAAAAAUUGUAUUUAUAGCAUGGCCUUUUUGGACAAAGCUAGUGGUAGUUGCUGUCGGAUUUACUGGCGGGGCCGUCUUUAUGUAUAUCCAAUGUAGGCAGUAUCUCCAUUUGUUUUCCAGGUGGAAAGCUCAUAAUAGAAUUAUCCUGGUGCAAAACGCGCCGGAGAAACCGCCGAUUCCACCCUCGCCUACCUACAUAACGAUCAAAGACACCCAGCACCAGAACCGGUUGGCCCAAGUGGUCACCCACGCGGAAUACAACGUUCCUCCCUCAGAUACGAACUCCAACUCGCAAGUGAGCGACGUGCAAGUCUGCUACGUCUUCGAGAACGAGUGCAACAAGAAAAAACCGAAAAGUUUCGGCAGCUGCUCGUCGAUACAAAAAGCCGACGUGCACGUCGUCGAUUUGUGCGAACAAGAGAGCCCCCGCAAAGAUGUCGAGGAGUACUUAAAACUGAGAGAUAACCUGGUGGCUUUGGACAUCGAGUGUCCAUCGAAUAGUAGACUUUAUAAGUCGAACAAGACUGAACGGAAGAGUAGCGCCACCUGCAAAUCCCUACCCAACCUGUUGACUUCCAGCAAAGAGAACCUGCUGGCGUAGGAUGUAAAUAUAUUUUUAUUUUGUGAUAGGUACUUAUAUUGUUAAUUGUAUAAUCUCCUUAAGUAUAUAUUAUUUAUUAUU